GUACAAUAGUCGUCACAUCCCAUCUUUGUAACUUUGACUUCAAUUGACUUCCAACUCUCAUAUUGUACAAAGUAGUUACUGUUCGGCAUCAAGGCACUAGAUUCACUACCGCUCUACCCUCACUAUAUUCGCAAUCGCUCUAUCUGUAAGAGAUUCCACUGCUAAUCAAGCACUACCUUCCCUGCAUCUUUGCUUGCUGUCAAACCGCAGACAUCAAGAUAGCUCAAUUCCCCAGGAACAAACAACAACACAAUGGUUAGGAACAAGCCGUCAACCGCCUCUCUUCACAAAGCUGCCAUGGAGAAACAGAUAGCUUCUGACGAGAAGGUUACCCAGGAGCUUUUGAUGGAGGAAUUGGCCAAAAUGAAAUUGGCAGUCUCUAAACCUACCGACCCGAAUAAUGGGGAGUCUUUCACAACCCGUGAAAGUCUACCAAUUCGCUCCCUUGGGGGUGAUUCAUGGGCGAGGGAUGAUUAUCUUGGCUUAGGACAAGAGAAGAUUGAGACGCUCUUCGAGAAGAUGAGGAAAUCUUAUCAAUUCCCAUCCGCCGAUACGGAAAAUAAUGCUACGAGUGGUGCACAAACUUUGUUCGAAACAUUCCACUCAACUAAUGGAUCUCUUGUUCCUCGCAAUCUAGAUACCAAGGCGCUCAAUGCCGCAAAACAUGCAACCGUUCUCAAAGAUCCCGAGGAUUAUGCAGAGCCGUUCGUUAACUUCAUGACGGAGAACCCAACAGUUUGGCAUGCUAUUCAGUACUGGGAGACUAAGUUGGAGGAUGCUGGGUUUACUAAGCUCUCUCCGCGUGACUCAUGGAACGGCAAGCUUGAGCCCAACGGAAAAUACUACGUGAACCGCAAUGGAACAUCCUUGAUCGCAUUUUCCGUUGGUGGUGCAUAUAAAUCUGGAAAUGGAAUAGCAAUGGUUGCCGCACACUCUGAUUCUCUCACGGCUCGUCUAAAGCCCGUCAGUACCAAACACAACAAAGCUGGAUUUGUACAGCUCGGAGUUGCUCCUUAUGCUGGCGCAUUGAAUGAAACAUGGUGGGAUAGAGAUCUUGGUAUUGGCGGUAGAGUUUUAGUAAAGGAUGAGAAAACUGGAUACAUUUCUCAAAAAUUGGUAAAACUGGGUUGGCCAAUUGCACGCAUUCCAACUCUAGCUCCUCAUUUUGGGGUUGGAAUGUUUGGUCAAAACAAUAAGGAAACACAACUCGUACCAAUCAUUGGCCUCGAUAAUUCCGAUAUUGAAUCUUCGGCUUCGUCCUCAUCAUCAUCUGAGCAAUUUCAAACAUCAAAUAUAUCCGGUGCAAAAUCUUCAUUUGUCUCCACCCAACCACCAAAACUUGUCAAUCUUAUUGCCAAAGAAUUGGGCAUUGAAAAUAAAGAAACCAUCAUCAAUUGGGAACUCGAACUCUUCGAUACCCAACCAUCCCAACUCGGUGGGCUCGACAAGGAAUUCAUUUUCUCGGGACGUAUUGAUGACAAAGUUUGUUCCUGGUCUUCAAUCGAGGCACUGCUCUCCAACUCUUCCUCUGAAGAAUCCAAAUCAUCUGGUAUUAUUUCCAUGGUUGGUCUUUUUGAUGACGAAGAGAUUGGCUCGCUCUUGCGUCAGGGUGCAAGGGGUAAUUUCCUCCCCGGAACAGUUGAACGUAUCGUGGAGUGCUUCAAUAACUCCACAUACAGUCCCAAUGUUUUGAUGGAAACCUAUGCCAAGUCUUUCCUCGUGUCCUUCGAUGUUACACAUGCUACAAAUCCCAAUUUCUUGGAAAAGUACCUCGAAAACCAUUGUCCUAGACUUAAUGUAGGAUUGACAGUUGAAGCAGAUAGCAAUGGUCAUACAACUACGGAUUCUGUCUCAACAGCUAUUUUCCAGAGAUUGGCAGAGAAAAGCGGUCAAAAAUUACAAACUUUCAUGAUUAGAAAUGAUUCUAGAUCGGGAGGUACGGUCGGACCGAUGUUGAGUUCUGCAAUGGGCGUUAGAUCUAUUGAUGUCGGAAUUCCCCAACUAAGCAUGCAUAGUAUCAGAGCAACUACAGGAUCUAAGGAUCCGGGAUUGGGGGCUAAGAUGAUUGAAGGUGUUUUCGCAGGGUGGGAAAGUGUGGAUGAGGAGAUUGCCGGAGGUAAAGGAUGGUAGGGAUUUUUGUUUUUUGAACUGAUUUUUGAAGAAGGCUACCCGGGUAUGAGCUAUUAUGGAAUGGUGCAGGAUUGGGGAUUAAUACUACAUAAGGAUGUAUCAUGGCACAUAUGAAGCGAAUGAGUGAGUGGAAGGAUUUUAUAUCGUCCCAAGUCACAUAUAUAGUGCAUAGAUAGAUCAUAGCAUGCGUUUGUUAAGUAAUUGGCGUAUUAUAAUUGUUCGAUU